AUGAAGAUUAAUGAAACAAUGAAAUUAUUAAAUGAAGACGGUCUUUCAUUAAUCAAACAAUCUAAUUCACAAAUUGAAAAAGAAUAUUCAUCUGAUAAAAACAAAAAUCAAAGUAAAGAGCAUAAUCCAGAUAAUGAUAAAUAUGAUGAUACUGAUGAUUUUGAAGAAGAAGCUAAAUGGGCAAAUCUUCUUUCUGAUACAAGUGAUUUUGAAGGUGAUAGUCAUCCAUUAAUGGCUGAUAUUAUACUUGUUUCUCAAUUACGUGAUUGUCUUGUUAAUUCUCAUGUUUCAUUAACAGAUGAUGUUGAAUAUAUACAAUCACUUAUAACUUCACCUUUAUUAAUAACUAAUAAUGAACAAUUAAAAACAUUAAAUAAUAAAUAUAUUUGGUUUUAUCGACUUAUACUUAAUUCAAAAAUAAUAUUAUCUAAUGGUAUACAUAAAUCAAGACGACAAGCACAAAAAUUAGCUUAUACAAAAAUGAUUGAAUUAAUGACAAAUAAACAAGGUGUUGAACCAAAAAUAAUUGCUAAUGGACGAUGUAAAGUUGUACUUCGAAAAUCUAUUCCAUCUAAAAAUCUUAAUGAAACAACAACGGUGAUUGAUUCAACAAUGAAUAAUACAACAGAUGUUUACUAA